ACAUGCGGAAAUGUCACUUUAGAUAUUGUUGAUGUUUUGCAUGCAUGGAUUGGAGACGAGUCGCUAUCCAAAAGCGACCUGACGCAAGCAGAAUCUACAGUGGAAGAUGGAUCUUCUCCAAAGAAGAAUGGGAGCUAUAUGGCUCUUUGCGAUGGUCGUACUGGCGUUUGUGAUAGCCGAAAGUGAAAGCUUUAACUCGGACGAAAAAGACCAGAUCGAAAAAGGCUUGGCAGCGGGAAAAGAAAUAAUUGAUUACAUAAAGCAGAAAGAUUUUGCUCAGACUAUAAGAAAAUUAACUGAAUCAGCAAGUCAAUUUUUGGGUGCAUUGGGACCAUUUUCUAGUUUUAUUUUGGCUUUUGUUUCGACUGAUUCUAGUGAGUUAACAUACAUGAAAGGAAUGAUGACAGAAAUUGAUGCGCAAUUUAAUAAGGUCGAGGCUCGCCUUGGAGAUAUUCAAACAUUGAUUGAGUGGACAAAUGUUGAACAAAACCUUGGAGUUAUCGAACUCACUGUAGCCACGUUAGACAUGGAAUUCAAGCUAUUUUAUAAUACUAGUGGAACAGCUUCAGAAAAACAGCAAACUUUUAUUAACGUUUACGAUAAUAACUAUGCAACGAGUGGGUCAAAAUUGUAUCUAAUGACUGUUGGGGAAGGAGGCACGUUUAUCGAAAAUCUUUGUGAAUCAAUUAUGAAAAAAACAAAAUACGACCGCAAAGAAACAAACGAUUACCUUCUUGGGGUUUUAAAGAUCCUUUUGCAAGCUAUUCGGCUUGAACUUGCUUAUUAUGGUAUGCAAGGAUUGAACACAACUUAUGAGACAAGAAAAAACGAAUGGGACAGAAGAAUUACACAAGUAACCGAAAUGUUCGAGAAAACUGACGAAGAUGUUAUAAAUGCGUACCACACACAGUCAAAAGAGGACGCUAAAAGAUUUGCAAUUGAUAACCGGGCCUUGAGCAACAGAGACUUUGCCGUCAGGUUGUGUGAUAUGCUAAAGGAAAAGUAUUACUGGCGCGAAUGGUUUUGUUUGAUCUAUGAUGAUUCAAUAGAGUCGUCCUCGAGCAAACAUCGUCUCCAUGUUUGUGGAGGUCAUAUACUUUUGCAGGAGAGUGGGCGCAACAUCGCUGUGGCGAGUAAAGAAACCACUGCUACAAGAAUGAGCAAAGCCAGUGCCGAGGCAGAAUUGAACAAGUUCACAUUUAGUUAUUGGUGGGACGUUUUGUAUGAUGGAACAGAGAUAGACAAUGGCAAAACGAAAGCGUAUACAGUUUUUAACAAAAUACGAUAUAAUAUAGCAAACGUAUGCUCAGUCGCUGUUAUUAAACAGAAUGCUGACGUGUACUGGCACAAAUCUGAUACAUCCAGACUUGCAACUCGCAGUUUGCACCAUUAUUGGUGGGUUUUUGCAUUUGGCUAAGCAGUUGAAAGAGUUCUGUAUUUUAUAAAAAAGCUUAUAACCACCAUCGCUAUUCGCUGCGUUUUACGGAUAUGACCAUCGCUAUGUUUUACGGAUAUGAACAUCGCUAUAAGAUAGGACCAUUGCUAUGUUUUACGGAUA